AAUUUUAUUCUCCCGCAACCCGCACACACGAGGACCUUACCGCCCGCACCCGCGUUCACAUAUCAAAUUUCGUCCCGCGCCGCACUGGGGUGCGUCGGGUCCCGCGAGACCCGCGGUACUCCCGCGGGAUUGCAGGUCUCUAGUUCAAAGAAGGUUAGUCAGUUGAUCUUCAUGUUGAGAAUUAUUUUUAUAUGGCUGAAGAUCUAUUAAAUACUUGAACAAGGGAUUUUAUCACCCAGAAGACCCCAAAUGACUCAGAAUAUACUCAGACUAAAGAAUAUGAACCUGUCUUCAGAAGGGUUUCAGCAUACAUUCUUGUACUUCAAAUGAUCUUAACUGGGCGUGGACUGAAAAACAGGAAAUCAGAUCUUCGUAGAGAAGAGCAGAAAAGAGGACACCACUGAAGUGAAAGAAGUGUACAGAAACCAGGAACAAUCAGAUAUAAAACAUGUCUAAAAAAUCACCCAAAAAACUGAAGCAGGCUGAAAUUUCGAGAUUCUUUUCGAGUGUUAAAAAGACUGCCACAGACAGUGAAUCUGGGGAGUCAUCAAAAGAUGGUGAAAAUAUCCAGAAAACAAUGGAUUGUUCAAUUAAGAAAGAAGUUGAAGACAGACCUUCAGAAGAUCUGCAGCAGGAAGCAGAAGCAGAGACACAUACUAUCAAGUAUUGUUUUAUUAAAUCAAAGACAUUUUCAGCGUCAUGUAAAACUUCAAUGACUGUGUUUGAGGCUCUUAACACAAGCCAAAUGUUCAGGCGACAAAAAGACAAAAUAAAUAAUGAGCAGAAAGAAAUACUCAUCCAAAGGUUUAAAGAAGGUUCUAAUAAAGCAGCUGUGAAGGCUGAUUUUCCCUGCUGUCUUAUUGAAUCUGAUGAGAUCUUGGAGAUCGACUUCAUCAAAAAGUAUCAUAAUAGUUCUACAAAUGGAACAACUGCAAGACUCUCCUCAAGAAAUCUUGAAAAAUUAGUCUCCUUUUUGGUUAAAAAAGAAGGAGGACAGAAAGUGCUCCACUUACUGAAGAGCAAAGCCCUGAGGAACAGAGUACAAUAUGUCUGUGUAUAUGCAUUCAAAGGAGAGAAAAUAAAAAAAGCUCUUAGACGCGAUGGGCGAUUCAACGAAAUAAUUUUCCAGAAACACUGCGCGCUGUCUGAGUUUAGUGAUUCACAUCAUGAAUUGUCAAAUCCUGUAACAGAGGAUCUUAACAGAAAGGAAUUCCAGGUAGUAGUUGUCAGUGACUGUCAGAAUCAGUCAGACAGUCAAGAGGAUUUGACUUCUGUCAGCACUCAACCUAGUGAUGCUGUAGCUUCAGAUGCUGUGGCAGAAACUGAUGGCUCAAGUCAGAAUCCCAUCAGCACUGAACAACAAAAAAAACAAGAUGAAGUAAACACAAAUCCUUUAACUAAACGGUACGCCGCUAAACCUAUUACAGAUUCUGAAGAGAUUCUGAGAAUUCUGCGUGAACAGUUUCCAGUUUUACUGGAGCAAGUGAAGCAGCGAGAGAAACUAAAGAAAAAAUCUGAUGUCAAAGAGUUCUUCAGAGUAGAAUAUGGUAAAAGUGUUCAGAGUUUCAGUGAGGUGAAGAAAGUGAAGAAGCUCAUGAGACUCUCUGACUCUGUGUGUCAGAUUCGAAAGGGGGGGUCUGCUGCAGGAACUGGUUUUUUGCUCUUUGACAGAUACAUCCUCACUAAUGCUCAUGUUAUUGGAUUAUCUAUUGAUGUUACAAAAGUUAACAUUGCACAGUUCACAGCUGUAUUCGGUUAUGAAGACCUGGAUUCGAUAAAUAGCAUACACAUAGUACAAGAAGUUGCAGCUUAUUUUUGUGGGAAGGACGAUAAAGGAAUGUAUCUUGACUAUGCUCUUCUUGAGCUUGAUGGCAUUGAUAAAAAUGCAACGUAUCCUAAUUUACUGGAGUGUUAUCGUCCAAAUGCUCCUCCUACCAGAGGUCAGAUCUGUAUUGUGGGACAUCCAGGUGAAGGGGUUAAGAAAAUGGACCCCUGCUUCAUCACUGAGAAAAAGAAUCAACUGGAGGCUGCAAAGAAACAUGCAUCUGAAAAUGAACAUUUAAUUCACGUUAUGAAAGAGGCAUGGGAAACCCAGAAAUGGGACUUUUCAGCAUAUGAAAACAAGAUGACGUAUAACUCUUGUUUCUUUCACGGAUCUUCUGGCUCUCCAGUCUUUGAUGUAGACUGCAAUCUGAUUGGCAUCCACACUGGUGGAUAUAAGUACAAAACAAAAGGAGAUAAAACUUACAGCGUUAUGGAAUAUGGCUUUUCCAUGCAGCCCAUCCUGGAUGACAUCAGAGCACGGGCUAAGAUAAAAGGUUCGACAAAUAUUGUUAGAGCCUUAGAGGUUUGUAGGAAUGUGCCUCUGACUGCAGAGCAACAGAAACAGAUCGACGUUGAGAUGGAAAGUGGUGAAGAGUCUGAUGAGCACUGAAUGAAUCUGUGCUCCAAUAACGUCAUUAUGGGUUUUCACUUUGCACUUAAUUUUUUCUUUAGAGAUGAUUGAGUGUUUAAAAGUUUUUCUUAUUUUUAAUUAAUGUAAAGGCAUGUAUCUCACCUGCAGUUGAUUUUAAGAGAGCAGAACAAAGAACAUUUUGACUAAGAUACAGUUACAGAUCAUUCUUUCUUGUAUUUUCUUUACAUUUUUACUUGUAUGUGUAUGCAUAGGUAUUCCUAUACAUAACUGUCUAACAAAUAAUUAACAUUUACUCGUUUUAAGCUGAUGUUACUUUGUUCUUCAUAUUUUGCUUUUGCUGUAAUCAUGUUAAAGAUUCCACAUCAAAUCCUCUUUGAAUCACACCAAAUUAACUAAUUUGACAGAAUCGCUAUACUACAAUCUUUAAAAUAGGUGCUUCAAAAAGGUCUUUACAGCAAUGCUAAAGAAGAACCAUUCAGUCAAGUUAAAGGCAUUUAUUCAGUUAAAGUACCAUCUCUUUCUUACCUUUCUAUAAUUAAAAAAAUAUUUGUUGGUGUGUGUUGUUUUGUUUGUUUAUUAUGUGGAGAAGUUUCUGAGAUCUUCAGUUUGUUGGGUUUGGAAAAUUGUAAUCAUACUGAAUAUAAAAACUAGCUUAAUUUGUACAAUCAUACAUGAAAUCACAAUAAAGACUCAAGCUUGACAAGUGCA